UUGGCAUUGCGUCGGGCGGCGGACGGCACAGAUUCCCCACGCGGGGCAGGCGCGCACGGUGCGUCGCCGCGUCGGACGCGUUUUUGCCAAGCGCAGCAGGCGGGCCAUCCAUAACUUGCGCCGCAAUCAAUCCAGGGGCAGCCACCAAGACCAAAACUGCUGUUCCACAGCUACCGCGAAGCGCAAGCUACGCCGCCGCGGGACUGCCAACCGGGUAGUCUAACCCCGCGGCGACCGCACGCAAAAGCAUCAAGCUCAACUUCGGCCGCGCUGCUGUUCCACAACACACAAUGGACCCGGCCCACGUCGACGCCCUGAUCGGCAGCGCCACGGAGACGGAAGACGACGAGGAGGAGCUGGUGGUCGUCGAAGAGCGCACCGACAGCGGCUCCCCGACAAGUGGCGAGUACGAAGAGUACGAGGAGUUCGAGGAGGUCUCGGCGUCGAGCGAGGGGGCUGCGGCGCCUGAACAACUGGAGGCGGACUUCGGCGAGAUGCGCGGGAAGCUGGCCGCGCUGCGAGCUCGGAUGGAGGCGAAGCCUCCACCCCGACCGGCCUCGGACGCGUCGCUGGACCAGGCGGCGUCGCCCACCUUCCAGGCGGCGGCGCCGUCGGACCAGCCCUCGUCCCCGACACCGGAGGACUCUCAUGACACCCACCUCUCGGCCGCGAAAACGCUACCGCGGCGCUACGCCGUCAAGGCGCCCGGCGCGUUGAUCAGAGCGGGCGUGGACAUGGCCUCGGCCAAAGUGAGGCAAUUGGCGCCCCACGACAUGAUCGUGGUCGAGGAAGUGAGCGUCGCUCCGGAGGGCGUGCCGCGCUGUAGGAUUUCAAUGCCCGUGGCAGGCUGGCUCAGUUGCAAGUGCGUGCAAGGUGGCGAGGCGCUAGCUGUCAUUGCCAUGAGGCCGCCGACGCCGCCUGGAGUGGAAGAAACCAAGACGUCAAGGCGGGACCCGCUGCGCGACAAGCGCGCCGACCCCCAAAGUCCGCCGAACGUGCCGCCGCCUCCCAAAAGUCCACCUCCAACAUUGGACAUCUCGCCCGCCACAAGCCCGGAGACGCCCCAGAAGAUGGAGGCCCUCCAGGAGGCUGCCGAGAAAAUUGUGGAGGAGAAUCAAGAAGAAAGAAGGGCGAAAGCCCGCGAGGACAUCCUCGCCUUCUACGCUAGACACAACGCCGAGAAGGUGCCCGGCGCGGAUAAGCUCAUCGAGAAGUACAAGGAGCAGGGCGUCCACGAGCCCGAGUUAUUAGACGCGAUUGUCAAAAAAUAUACCAGAGAGGGCCGCCUCGUGCCCGAGGAGGAGCCGUCGGCGCCGCUGUCGCCGGACCUCAAGAGCCCUUCCCUCAAGGUGCCGGUCACGCCAGCAGAAGCCGCGCGUAUGAGAGCUGUGGUCUUACCGAAGGACGAAAUAAGCGUGGCGCCCUCUCCUUCUCGGAGCCCGAUGAGCCGCCGGAAACACGUAUUUCCCUCGCCAACAGUCGCGCGGAAGCUCGACGCCGAACCGCGGGAGAUCAACAAACCGGCCGACGCGAAGGCGCCGACGUACGAAAGGAAACCUUUGGGGGAGGACAGUCCGUUGAGGCGAGCCUGGGCCAAGGGCCUGACGCCGUCGUCGCCGGCGGCGGUCCCGAAGAAGGACGCCGUGAAUGCUUCUCCCAUCGUAGACCGUGUUCCCCUGAAGCAGGACCGCGGGGCCGAUCCUGAGGCCUUGUUAGACGCGGUCUUCGGCGGCGGCGAUGAUGACGGCGGCGCGACGCCGGCGCGGUCCGAGCCCCCGCGGACGCCGGUGUCCUCGGUGUUGCUGAGGAGCGCCAAAUCGCCGGAGCACCCUUUGUCUGCCGGUAAAGGCGGCGUCGAGGCGGGCGGCGGCCCGCCGGGCUCGCCCUGGUCGCCCGGCGCGGCCGCGGCGCCGGCGGUGGCGGCAGCGGUCGCGGUGGCGGCGCCGGCCGCGUCCGGCGAGGCCGCGGCGCCCGCCGCGGCCGCGGCCACCACGCCGGCCGCACAACCGGCCGAGACCGCCCGGACGCCGACGUCGCAAGCGUCGUCGGAACAAAAGGCGGCGCCGGCCGCGGUCGCACCGCCGGCCGCACAACCGGCCGAGACCGCCCGGACGCCGACGUCGCAAGCGUCGUCGGAACAGAAGCCGUCCUCGUCAAAGUCCAAGGACACGCCGUCGGCGGCGUCGGCGACCGACAGCGCGGUACUCCCAGCCGACGCGGCCGCGGCCAUAGCAAGGGCCAGGGCCGAGGCGAACGCGCCGCAGCAGCCCUUCGCAUCAGCACCGAUACCCCCGGCGCCGACGCCACUAGGUGACGAAGCCUUGCGGGCGGCCUUUGAGAGUGCGGACGCGAAUAGCAACGGCGAGGUGUCCAUCAUCGAGGCCAUCAAAGCCCUACGGGCCAACGCGGACUUUGCGCGAGCUUUAGGCUUGGAGCCGCAGCACGUCAAGCAGGAGGAUGGAUCUAGAGACAAGUUCAUAAGGGCCUUCGGGGCCUUCGACGGCGACGGAGACAAGCGGCUGACCUUCUCGGAAUUUAGAGCAGGUUACCGCGCGCUUGUGGAACAACGGGAGAACGAAGAAAAACAGCACCGCCGCAGCGACUCGCAGGAGCGGUUUGCCAAUAGAUUGAAAUUCUGGGGCGGGUCUCCUGGAAGUUCUCCUUCACCGUCACCAGUACCAGCAUUAGCGAUCGAAGCAGCGCGACCGUCGCGCCUGACGUUCCCGACGUCGGACAGCCCGGCCUCGCAUCGUCGUGAAGAGUCUUUUGGGGAUGACGUCGCGUUCCUCGCGCGCGUUGCUGGAAGUAGGCGGUCGUCGGAACGGUCCGACCCGCCCGCUUCUCGCCGGUCGUCGGAGCGGUCCGACCCGGCCCCGGCGCCCGUCGAGCCCGACUCCGACGACGAGUCCUCUGGAAGUUCGGCGGUCAUCGAGCUGCCCGUGCACCGGCCGCAAGCUUCUACCACUUCUCCUACGGUGAUUCCCAAGCUCUCAUUUGUAAAACCGGCAACCCCAGAGCUGCCACCACCGCCACCACCACCUCCAGAAGAACCAACGAGGGACACGACGCCCGUCGCGCGGCACGAUUCUGGACCCGUCUUCGAACCGAUCGACGCCGUGUCGCCGUUGUCCGCGGCGUCGCCCUUUAGAUUGAAUCGGCGGCCGCGCUUCUGGGACAAAUCACCUGAUGUGAAGCGACCGAAGCCGCAGAAGCCCAAGAAGGUUUUACUCGAAAAGAGGACGAACUACAUGCGGUUCGGAGCCACAAAACUCGACAAAAAGUCCAAAAGGCCCUCGCCGACCAUACCCUUAUCGCCGGCCACGCGCAAAUCCAAAAAACAGAACCUAGAUUACUUCGACGAGACGGCGGCGGCGCGCUGUUACACGGAGGGGCUGCGCAUGGCCGAGGACGCCCGUGAUUUAUUUGAAAGGUUGAUUGCCGACGACCCCGCGUCUCCUCCUCAAUCGCCCGCUUCCACGCGGUCGGAAGCUUUUUCAAUGAAGUCUCCGGUGAAGACGGCGCCGGCCUGGAAGAUGGGCUAUACGAACACGGCGCACGAGCUCCGGCCGAAGUUUAGAGGUGGCGCGGUUUGACGACCUGUAAGUAGUAGUUUACAACGCACGGCACGGAUGGAUCCGAUUCAUUUUGUAGGCGUGCGCCGCUAUCGACGCGCAAAGGCUCUCAAACCUGUGGCUCAGGCUAGUUACGUCGCAGGGUCCCCCUUACCCUGCCCUCGAGCGGCGCUUCUUUCGAACGGAACCUUUGUGGCACCCUUCCCGGCAGGAGAUUUUGUCGAAACCAUCGAUGUUCCGGGCUCGAUUGCCUCUUUCGGUUUCUUCAAGGGAGACUGGGCCGUCAUGCGAUUCUAUGGCCCGCUCGAGUUCGACGAAGAGUCGCGCAAUGUCUCUUUUACUUUUAGGCGGACCGAGCUGUUCGGCGGCGCCAUCGCCUGGAAUUACCCUGACGAUAUGAACCUUCCUGACAUCUCUUUCCCACUUAUUGACUGUGACGGUCAAGUAGCGCUGUUCAAAGGCCCGAAAGAAACGUUCGUGCUGUUGGAGCGGGCUGAGGCGCCCUUGACGAGCUGGAAAUAUCGUGGCCUCCCCGCUGACAGCGAAGACGGCAAGUGGUACUCGCAAGACCGCAAGGGAUCGAUCCAAGGCAAUGUCGCGGGCCUGGGCUUGGCCUUGGCCGGCGGCUCCGCGGCCCUCGUUUUAGGUUUGCAGGUAGGCUUGGUCGCGACUCUCGCCGCAAUCGCCUUGGUGGGCCUUGUCCUCCUUCCCAACCUUGGCGAUGUUGGUUCUCUUCUAGGAUACUCCCCGGGCACGACGUCCGCCUGGACCAGAGAUGAAGGGUGGACCGUGACCUAUCCAAAUGGGACGGUUUCCAAACAGGAAGGUGACGGGUGGACCACAAGCAUUGGAGGCGCUGAAUCCAAAGACGACGAAGAUGACUAG